UAUUUCAGCUUGUCUGUAAAUAUGUGCCGUUAUCAAAGCAAGUUUAUUUACAAUCCUAAAAUUUACCUAGGACUUAUAUAAUUAACAUUCUCAAAAUCUAUCAUUGUACUAUUCGGAACAUUGUUGACUUUCCGGAAAUAUAUUUUGUUUACGGUUGAUAACCCGUGUUUACGUGGUCACUUCCUUUUCUAUUUUGAUCAGCUUCAGUGAGGUCGGUUAAAGUUGAUGAAGAUAAUUUUUUUGAAUUAUUAUUUGUUAGUUUGUUUAAUAUUAUAAUUAUACACAGACAAGUUGUUGAUAUUAACUUUACAGUCAUCAUUGUGUUAUUAUAUUUCGCCGAUGACUAUUUGUUUUAGAGAUAUUUACGGAUUUAAUAUCUGGUAGGAUAUGCCAUGCGGCCAUCGUAUGGUUUGUUAAAAUCACGUAAAAAAUUAUAAUUAGUUGGAAUGCUCAAUUAAAUUUGUCUCUUGAACAGUUUUAUUUUAAUUUUGAGCCCCAUUUGCAAAGAUUAAGAAUGCCUAAACGAAAACCAAGUCAGCCGCAGGGCGACGUGCACGUGGAAGUCGAGCCGCGCACCAACCAUGGAAAACGGAAGAAGGACCGGGCCACCAUGGAUGUACCACAGACCUCGAAUCUUGUUCCGGUGGAGCAUGCUGAAGUGGGAAAGGUUUCAUCGAUUGGCACCACUAGCAAAGAAGGAUCCGGAGAAGAUCCCUUUAGAGUUUCGGAGGCUAAUCUUGCAGGUGAAGCAUCUAGAUUGUUAAGGGCAGCCAUUUCGCCUAAUACAACAUCUGCAUAUAGCACAGGGUUGAAUGCAUUUGAACAUUUUCGAAUUAAAGCUAAUAUUUCAAAUAUUUGGCCACCUCCUCAAGACCAUAUUGUGAAUUUUAUAGCUCAUCUGUCAUUAAAUGGCUAUGCUGAAUCCACAGCAAGAAAUUACAUUGCAGCCAUUGGGUAUCAAUGCAAAAUCAAUGGUUAUCUUAACACAACCAAUAGUUUCAUAGUUUCAAAGUUACUUGAUGGGCUUAGGAGAUUGAAGGGAAAAGCAGAUAGUAGGCUUCCAAUUACAGAGGAAAUUCUUGGUAGAAUUGUUGGGGCAUUGUGCAAUAUUUGUUCUAAUACUUAUGAAUCUAAAUUAUUCACUGCAGCAUAUACCCUGGUUUUCUUUGCCUUCCUUAGAUGUUUUUCAAACAUACAUACGGUCACCACUCACACAAUUUUCACCUCUUUGUUAAUUUUCUUUAACAUUUCAGAGCUUAAUCUUACAAGUGUUUGGAUAGUUGGUUCUUCAAUCAUAAAGCAUGCAGCCAUUGAAGCAAGAGUAAGACCUGGGGGAACAAGCCUUGGACUGAAAAGCAUGGGGAUUGAGUUAUGGUGGCAGGGGUAUGGGGGUUUAAAAUUUGUAGAUGUGGCCAAGAAGUUGAGGUACCUAGCUACAUUGCAGGAUUCUCCUCAAUUUAUUGUUAUGCAUUGUGGGGGCAAUGAUUUGGGCCAAAUUCCAUUGUCUAAAUUGUUGUACAGGGUCAAGUGGGACAUCAGACUUAUGGCAUCAGUUUUCCCUGACUGUCAGCUUGUCUGGUCCUUCAUAUUGCCGCGAAUAACAUGGAGGUACUCCCAGAGGCCUAGGUGUAUGGAGCAAGCUAGAAAUAGGGUAAAUAGGUUAGCUGCGAAGGAGGUUUUAGCUUGUGGAGGGAGAAUAAUUAGACACCCCCAGUUUAUUGGCAAACCCCAAAACCUCUACAGUUCAGAUGGUGUGCAUUUGUCUAAGCUAGGAAACUACCUCUUUCUGAACAAUAUUCAGGGGGCAUUAGAAUAUUUUGUUAGGGACGGAAGUAGCAGACACUUCCCAGUUUCAUAAACUCUGAAGUCAACUUGGGUCAAGACAUGAAGGGGAGAAUAUGAAUAUCUAGGUUUAGUUAUGGCUACAGUGGUAUAGAAUUGAAGGUUCCUACCCCACUAUGUGGCGGUGGGCUGCCUGAAUAUUGUGUAAUCAUAUUUACACAUUCAUUCAGGAAGCCCCAGUGGCGAAAUCGUCACCUUCAAUUCCCAAGUUUGGACUAUGAUGGUUUACAUUGAAUGUUGUUUUGUUGAAAAGUUGUUGUUGGUUUGUAUAACAUAGACUCUGAAUUCUUUUAAAAAUAUCAAUUUAUUAAAACAUUAAGUUAAUAUAAAGAUUUAAUAGCUAUCAGGUAAAUAUAUAGUUUAUUGUUGUCAUUGUGUUGGUAGCAUGAUUGCGGUUUUACCCAGCAUGCUACUUGCCCGUCAGGGACAACACAUGGAAAUGUUGUAGUUGGGGGCGAGCCAGUUGUUCGGCAGUCCCACUGUUGUAUAUAUGUUGCAAUAUUAUAUGAGAACCACUGUAGCCAAUUUACGCCAUUACUUAAUAAAAAUUUAGUCUAUUCUUACUGGUAUUGUAUUUUAUGUUAUUUAGCACUUUCAGUAGUCUUUUGAUAAUAGCACAUAUUUCAGCUUGUCUGUAAAUAUGUGCCGUUAUCAAAGCAAGUUUAUUUACAAUCCUAAAAUUUACCUAGGACUUAUAUAAUUAACAUUCUCAAAAUCUAUCAUUGUACUAUUCGGAACAUUGUUGACUUUCCGGAAAUAUAUUUUGUUUACGGUUGAUAACCCGUGUUUACGUGGUCACUUCCUUUUCUAUUUUGAUCAGCUUCAGUGAGGUCGGUUAAAGUUGAUGAAGAUAAUUUUUUAUUCCCGCCCAAACCCUACCCCUUUUGUUAAUAUCUUUUUGGCAAAAGUUCUGCUGGGUUUGUUUUUUGUUCAUUUCAGGCUACCAGACUAUCGGCACAGUGGUUAAGAAUUCGUCAUCCGGCUUGGUUUGUAGAAAGAGUUGCGAAAUCGUCACCUUCAAUUCCCAAGUUUGGACUAUGAUGGUUUACAUUGAAUGUUGUUUUGUUGAAAAGUUGUUGUUGGUUUGUAUAACAUAGACUCUGAAUUCUUUUAAAAAUAUCAAUUUAUUAAAACAUUAAGUUAAUAUAAAGAUUUAAUAGCUAUCAGGUAAAUAUAUAGUUUAUUGUUGUCAUUGUGUUGGUAGCAUGAUUGCGGUUUUACCCAGCAUGCUACUUGCCCGUCAGGGACAACACAUGGAAAUGUUGUAGUUGGGGGCGAGCCAGUUGUUCGGCAGUCCCACUGUUGUAUAUAUGUUGCAAUAUUAUAUGAGAACCACUGUAGCCAAUUUACGCC